GGCUCGAUUGUACGCGUGAUAAUCUUCAAAACCAAAAAACAAGUUGCAGUAUCCGUACACAACAUCUGUACACAACUUAAUCAUUCGAAACGUUCUUGACGAAGCCCUCCCACCCCUCCCGCCAAUAAUGUCUCGCCAGCAAGUCCUAAUCAUCUGUGAUCUAAUUACUUUGCUUCUCAUGGAAUCGGUUACUGCCGGCAUAUUGACGGCCCCGGCUCUUCCGGCUAAUUCUUUGGAGUACAUCAGUGGCUUCCGCAAUCACAACCGUGCGUACCCAUACCCAUUCGGGGAAUACUAUCAUAAGGAAGAUGACUGUGUAAGCUACGCUCUGCCAGCUUGCAAUACAGCGUGGCCGCAGUGCUCCUGCACCAGCAGGGCUUACAACGUCAGUCUCAUCUCCCGAAGCAUUGAUUUGCUUAACAUUGGAAAAGUGUUUUCUUCAAGCCGAUACUCGCCGUAUCAGCUCUGCGCUCCCAGCUGCUUGCACACAGCCUUCGUCCCGCUGCCGCGCCUUCCCAAUCUCCGUAGCAUCUCGUUGGCCAAUAUAUGGGUGGCGCCCGAUGACCGGGCUUUCCCUGUUGACAGUUUCCUGCGCAACGUGCAACCGGUACUAACUGUCUUAAAAUUAGAAUUUAUCUAUCUACCCUCGAUAACACGCACCACGUUUGCCGGCUUCAUGGCAUUGGGCAGACUGGAAUUGUCACACAAUCGCAUGUCCGCUAUUGCCGUCGACGCGUUCACCCAGCUGACACCGGCCCGUGCUGCACCGACACUCGCCACGAUUUGGAUUACCGAGAACGUUAUGCCGCGACUGGACUGGUCAGUGUGGGAACCGCUCGCACGCAGUUUACAGGCUAUUUUUCUGGACCAAAACGGGAUUGAGCAAGUGUAUUUUGACCACGAUUUCGUCCUGCCGAAAGUGGAGGUCGUAAGCCUUGCCGCCAACCAGCUAACUCGCAUCGACGCGCGUCUGCUGGCUAGUGUGUCUAGUGCCGACGCGCGACCCUUCCUGGAAAUUGAAUACAAUCCACUUUGCGUGCGUGAUGCACAUUGUGACUGCCCAUCGCUACGUCCACUGUGGAAAUGGCUGAAGAAGCAGCCGCGGCGCUACGUAACUCCGGGGCAUGUCGUAACCUGCUGCAAGGGAUACAGUGACCGUUUGACAUGCGGACCCUACCGGAUUGAUCCACAGAAGCAAAGUACCGAUAAAUAUACUUAUAUACAGAAUGUUACAGGGGCCUAUAGUGGUCAAAGGUUGUUCGAUCUUGCCGCCAAACGAAGUGGUCAGAAAUCGCUCCCAAAGUAGCCAAUCCGAAUCGCAUAGUUUAUGCCCCGCAGUUGCACACGUUCUCCGUUUUGUAGAUAUUUUAGUCGCCUGUGGAAUACCAUGACUGCAAACAAAUUCCGUGAGAUAUCUCUUUAAGCCCUGAUUUUUUGUUGAGCGGGGAAUGCGCCUGAGUUAUGAUAAACAUAACCAAUAAUAAUAACAGUUACUAGAGCUUAGGAAAAUGUGAUUGAAAUUUCCGCUCUCUGCUUGGCAACAACUUCACUGAUCAUUUGAUCGACAUGCAAUGAUGCAGUACUCAAACUACUUCUAUGCAUAACAGUGUUUAUGCUCUGUUGGCUGUUUAGCGCCUGUUCUUAUUGAACACACUGGAUAAGAAAGCAUCCCAUGUUCAGAGAUAAUAUAAUUCGCGUAGACGGAACUGGAAGUAUGUACUACGUACAUUUAGCUACAUGGUUAACGAGUUUUGCUGCCUGUGAAAGAAAAACUUCUUCAUCUCUUACAAUUUGGCAGCAUAUUUCUGAAUAUUAUUGUUACUGUAUUCCCGGCAGUCUUCCGCCAAUCAUAUGAGCUUAGCACCGACUGUCUGUGUCUCUCAGUAGAAACCUCUCUUCCGUGGCAUCGUGGUCGGGAUUGCGAUUACGUGCGGCGAUCACAUGGGUCUGGAUUGCGAUUACGUCUUUAGCUGCGAUUCUGCCUCAUCUUGGAUUCUCGGUAGCUCGUCAUUUCAUCAUGACCGGAAAUUCGUCACAAUGGCUCCGUAGUGCACAUCCAGAGAUUGUUGACCAGGUGAAGU